UUCCCAUUUGCUUUUCUUCGAUCAUUUCAAAACCCUAAUUUCUUAAAUUUUCAUCGAUUCAUUUGAGUUUAAUUCGGAAUAAUUGAUAUGAAUCCGAUCGAUCGGGAUCUCGAUGUGUGAUUAAUUCAAUUAAUUCGCCGGAAGAUCUUACGGUAAGAUUGAUAUUGAUGCUCGAAUAGUUCCGGUAAAAGAGGGAUUCUGUGAUUGAUGCAUAAUAUUAAUGGAUUACAAUAGUAAUAUGAAAUUCAACGGGUUUGAAUAGAGCUUUAAGGAGCUCUUUUCUGCAAACACAGUUCUGUGUAGAUAGUUGACUCGUGAAGAGGCAGUUAUGCACUGCUUAUUUUGUUGUGUUGAGAAGGGUCAACAGAUUUCAAGAUUCGUUUUUCAAUCUCGCUUACCAUCAGUGUUGUUAAAUAUCAUUGACAGGACGUGUUUCAAUGACCAGUAAUGGUGGUAGGGAUGAAAAGUUUCCGAAAUCGAGCAAUGUGAAAGACGAAUACGAGGGAGAUGUGAAUAUAGGUGUGGGUAAUGGUAAUGGAUCAGGUUCACAAAGAAAUGACGGGUGGCAAAAUGGUAAAAUUGAUGGAAGUGUGAAAGUUGGAGGCGAUCCGGCGGUGCCACAUCAGCAGCUGCAGCCUCAAGGGUCCCUGAGCCAUUGGGACCAGUUUCUUCAUGUUAGGUCUAUUAAGGUCAUGUUGGUUGAAAACGAUGAUUCCACACGUCAUAUCGUCACAGCGUUGCUUCGUAAUUGUAAUUAUGAAGUUAUUGAAGCAGCGAAUGGAUUACAAGCAUGGAAGAUUCUAGAAGAUCUAUCAAAUCACAUUGAUAUUGUUUUAACCGAAGUAAUCAUGCCUUCUUUCUCGGGCUUUGGUCUACUGUGCAAGAUUAUGAGCCACAAGACGCGCAAGAAUAUCCCUGUGAUUAUGAUGUCGUCUCAUGACUCAAUGGGUUUAGUUUUUAAGUGUUUGUCAAAAGGUGCAGCCGAUUUUUUACUGAAGCCUAUUCGGAAAAACGAGCUUAAAAACCUUUGGCAACAUGUUUGGAGGCGCUGUCACAGCUCUAGUGGUAGUGGGAGUGAAAGUGCUACAAAUGCUCAAAAUUCUGUGAACUCAAAACAGUCUGAUAGCAUGGUUGGGGAAGAUAUUGGGAGCAGUCGUGAUGGAAGUGAUGAUGGUAGUGGGACCCAGAGUUCUUGGACAAAACAAGCUGUUGAGCUUGAUAGCCCACAAGCAGGAUCUCCAUGUAAUCAAACAAACGGGCAUCAAGAUAGCACAUGUGGCGUAGUUAUACACUCUGAACAAAUACCAACAAAAAAGGAUUUCCAAAAUCAGGAAAUUCAUGAGGAUAAUGUCGGGAAAGACUCCGACGUUCGAAUCUCACUUAACGCGCAUAAUGGUAUAGAACACCUUCAAGAUUUUGACCCCACAAAGAACAUGAGAGGUGACGACAUGUAUGGUUCCCGGGUGGUUAAUGCAGAAUACGAGGCCGUAAAAGAGCCCAAGGUUAUACUUGAUGCGAAUGCCAAAGCCAUAGAUGAUUCAAGAGAAACCGUCACUGAGUUGAGCUUAAAGAGGCCUAGGGAAGUUAAAGACGUUAAGAAUGGUCACAAUGUUUUGAGACAUUCAGAGCUUUCAGCUUUCACAAGGUAUAACACAACCAUAAACGCUACAAGAAACGGAGUCACCUCUAGUGGUUUUCAACUUGAUAAUAAUUCACAAAGUGUAAAGAAAGACUCUACACGUGAUGCUCAUUCCGAUGGGUUUCUUAUUUAUCAAGGCUUAAACGAGGCCCAAAAACACCACCAUGUUCAUCGCUACAAGAAUACAGAACCAGCGGACAUACCGGCGGAACACAUAGAUCCGGGUCUGAAAACUUUGGCUGCAAGUGCACCACAUUGCGGGUCAUCGAAUGUCUUGGGUGCGGUUGCUGUAGGUAACGUUGAAAACUGUAGCUUGAACAGAAGUGGUUCAGGUAGCAAGCAUGGGAGCAAUGUGCCGAAUGGGAGCAGUACUGGUGUGAAUUUAGAAGGGAAAGAUGGUGAAAGUGGCGGUGGAUUGACGGGAAAAAGUGGUGGCGGUGGCAGUGGCAGUGGCGGCAGUGGUGGUGGUGGUGGUGGAAGUGGUAGUGAAAUAAGAAAAGAUCCACACAAAUCUGCACAGAGAGAAGCAGCCUUGAUCAAGUUUCUUGAAAAGAAAAAAGAUCGAUGCUUUAAAAAGAAGAUACGAUAUCAAAACAGAAAACAACUAGCGGAACAACGGCCACGUGUUAGAGGACAGUUUGUGAAGCAAACAGGCCGCGAAAGUUCAAGCAAUGCUGCUGAAGAUGGCUAAAUCAGCAGGUGCCGUCUUCAAGCGAUCUUUCAGAAAACUGUGUUUACUAGAAAUCCGAAUAAUAUUCAUUUAUUGCUACAAAAUCAGCUACUUCCGACGCUUUUAAUUGGUUUGUUCGGAUCAUCUUGUCUAACAUGAUAGAAUAUGUUACAUCAUUAUUUGACUAACAACAAAACAGCGGAAUACAUUACUGCUUCACGGAGCAGGUAUUAUAAUAAUGUUACAAGUGUGCAUAUUCAAAGUGAUUAUGUGAUGAUAA